AUGGCCAAGACAAGCUCGUUCAAGCUGGAGCACCCCCUCGAGAAGAGGCAGUCUGAGGCUAACCGGAUCAGGGAGAAGUACCCUGACAGAAUUCCAGUGAUUGUUGAGAAGGCUGAGAGGAGUGAUAUUCCUGACAUCGACAAGAAAAAGUACCUCGUCCCUGCUGAUCUUACAGUUGGACAGUUCGUGUAUGUUGUUAGGAAGAGAAUCAAGCUCAGUGCUGAGAAGGCUAUCUUCAUCUUUGUGAAGAACACCCUUCCACCAACAGCUGCUCUGAUGUCUUCAAUCUAUGAAGAGAACAAGGACGAGGAUGGGUUCCUCUACAUGACUUACAGUGGUGAGAACACCUUCGGGCUGCUCUAG